UCUGAAGUGCUCACUGAUAAAUAUCUCUGAAGAAAUCAGAGGAAAAGGUAAAGUAAAUUUCGAUUCGCGAAAACAAUUAACGACGAUGCUCUCCGAAAUUCCUAGGGAUUUGGCAGAGGAGGUACUCUCUAAGCUUCCGGUGACAUCUCUGAGAGGAGUGCGGUCUACAUGCAAAAAGUGGAACACUUUAUCGAAAGAUCGAUCCUUUACAAGGAGGCACAUCGGUAAAGAAGAAGCAAAGAAGAAGCAGAGGAAGGAGUUUCAUGUUGUGAUGAUGCUCGAUUUUAGGGUUUCUUUAUUCAGCCUCAAUCUCCUCGAUCCUAAUCCCAUAGAGCGUUUAGGUCAACUUAUUAGCCUAGACGAUGCUAAUCAAGUCGACAUAUCUAACAUCUUUCACUGCGAUGGUUUCUUGUUAUGCACCAUGAAAGAUAUUUCUAGGCUUGUUGUUUGGAACCCUUGUUCUGGGCAAACAAUUUGGAUCAAACCCAGAAACUCUUUCAACACAUGGGACAGGUAUGCUCUGGGUUACGAUGUGAUGAAGAAACACAAAGUCUUGAGAUUUGUGGAUCACUACGACUGUAAAAGGAGGCCCCUACUUCGUGAGUUUGAAAUCUACAGUUUUGAGUCUGAUUCAUGGAAGGUUCUUGAUGUCAAUCCGGACUGGGAUAUUGAAUUUGUUCACCGUGGCUUGUCUCUCCAUGGUAACACUUACUGGUUUGCGCGAGACAAGGUUUUUCCACGAGGAGGAGAUCAUUCUUAUUUCUUACUCUGUUAUGAUUUCACCACCGAGACAUUUGGACCGCGUCUGCCUCUGCCUUUUCACCCUUUCUUUGCAGAUACUGUGGCUCUAUCUAGUGUUGGGGAUAACCAGAUUGCGGUGUUGUUUCAGCGAUGUUCUUCUCCGUAUACCUUGAAGAUUUGGAUUAGCAGCAAGAUUGAGCCCAAUGCAGUGUCGUGGAAAAAGUCGUUCUUAAAGGUUGAUAUGAAACCUCUCAUGGGUAUUUCCUUCUCUUUUACGGGCGGGAGUUUCUUCGUUGACGAGGAGAAGAAGGUGGCUGUGGUUCUUGAUAAAAACAUUGGUGGUGGAUGUGACCCAACUCGAAACAUAGCUUACAUCAUUGGAAAGAAGGGAUACUUCAAAAAGGUUGAUCGUGGCGAAUCUAGGCACCUAACUUGUUGGCCACUUGGGUGCUCUUAUGUUCCCAGCUCUGUCCAAAUCAACCACAAAACAGCCUAAUCUUUGUGUCGUUUUUUUUUAUUACUUUGUAUCCUGACAAUUGUUGGCUUUCCUUGCUUUGUUCAUCCUGUUCUCUAUUUAUUAUAUGAUCCAUCGGAUUGUGUUUCAGUGUUACUGUUAUGUGUGACCUUGUUUGGCUCGUCCAACACGUCUUUGUCUUGUA